AUGGGCUACUACAGGAGCGCCAAAAUUCAUCUGACUAGAAACGUUUCUAGUCUUUUWUAGUUUCCGCGGCCGAUAGCUGGGCCAACUAUUGGUGGUGCAAUGGUCAUCCAGCCUUAUGGAGAACUACGAAUUGAGAAGGGCCAAGGGGUCCAUUUCAGAAUAUAUUUCUGGACAGGUUGAAGCCGUGACGUUAGACAACCAGUCACUACCGGGUGUGCUUUGGCGUUUGCAACGCCUUGGUGAGGUUCUUGUGCGAUAAGCGACUUUCUGUGCGCAGUGUCGUUUGUUUUGCGUGAUGGGGGUGUGGAUUUACCAUUGGUUUAGUGAUUUGAAAUGGUUUCUCCCCCUGAUGAACUGUAACAGCAGUCGAGGAUUUUCUGUCCAUAACAAGUGGCGAUCUACAGUGUAGUGAAGGUGGCGAUCUACAGUGUUGACAGCAACAGCGGUGGCGAUCGACAUUGUUGACAGCAACAGCGGUGGCGUAACCUUCGGAUGCGUGGAGCGGACAUGGAAGUGGUGAAAGCUGAAGAGACUGCAUGGACGGCUCAGUAGGGGAGUCUGAUAGAAACUUGCUCGCGGCAUCUGGUAGAUACACUUUCUGGCUGCAGCUCUCUGUGGUGUCCUUUGCAUUGUUCUUGUGCAUUGUCUGGCAUGUUUGUGGUAUGCGUGUAUAUGGACCCUUUGGUUUGCCGGCGAGAGCCUCUUGGUACGGCAGGAGGAUGCAAGGAUGUGGAUGCACAAGCGCCUUCAAGAGGUAACUUUGGGAUGCCUGGAGCAGACGUUCAAGAGAUGAAAGUUGCUGGUACUUCCUUUUGGUCACGGCUCUGCAACGCCUUGGUUUACGGGCGAGAGCCUCUUGGUGCGGCAGGAGAGUGCAAGGAUGUGGAUGCACAAGCGCCUUCAAGAGGUAACUUUGGGAUGCUUGCAGCAGACGUGCAAGAGAUGAAAGGUGAUGGUAUUUCCCUUUGGUCAUUACUCUCUUCGGUGGGAUUGUGAUAGAUAUUUAUCAUCCCUCAGCGCAGGCAUUGAUGGACGUGUGAGUACCGUUUGCCAUGUGGUAUGGUUUAGCAUACCGUGGGCCGUCUCUGUGUUAGUUCCUGCGGUAGUUGCUCACCUCUGGUGGUUUCUUCUGCCCAUGGUAUGGCAGAGAAGCUAUAAUCUGGAGAGCGUAAGGGUGCCGAUCUGCGGCGUUGACAGUAACUGCCGUGGUAUAACCUUGGGAUGCUUGGAGCAGGCGCGAAGGUGGUGAAAAGUUGAAGACACUGCAUGCACGGGUYAGUAAGGGACUCUGAUAGAAACUUGCUCUCGACAUCAGGUGGCUCCACUGUCUGGCUGCAGCUCUCUGUGGUGUCCUUUGCAUUGUUCUUGUGCAUCAUGAGGCAUGUUUGUGGUAUGCGUGUAUGUGGCCCUGUAGGUUUGCCGGCGAGAGCAUGUCUUGGCAUGGCAGGAGGACGCAAGGAUGUGGAUCCACACCUUUUYGAGCGCCCACGAGAGGUAACCUUGGGAUACUUGGAGCAGAUGUGCAAGAGAUGAGAGAUGAUGGCACUUUCCUUUGGCUUACGGUGAGAUUCUGUGAUCAGCGUGGGGAGAUUCGUGAUAGUUGCUCAUCAUCCCUCAGCACAGGCAUUGAUAAAUGUGUGAGUCGCAUCUGACAAUCCCGAAAGGCUCCUGCCUGUUGCGUUUUUUUCAUCGUUAGUAAGACGAGUGGUGUGGUUUGUGACGUGCAAGUGUGCAUCCAUCACCAUACCUUGAUUGCUCUCCCGUUUCAUAUCGUCUGACAUGCCCGAAAGGCACAUGCCUGUCGUUUUUGUUACUCGUUAAUCAGACAAGUGUGGUUUCUGACGUGCAAGUGUGCGUCCACGACUUGAAAUUGAUUGCACACCAGGGUCGAAUCCUCGUUAGUCAGACUAGUGUGGAUGCUGCUGACGUGCAAGCGUUCAUCCACUAUUUACCUUGAUUUCAAUGGUAGUCAGACCAGUGUGGUUCCUGACGGGCAAGUGUGUGCAUCCACGACUUUACCUUGAUUGGGCGCCUGGCUUGAUCCCUCCUUAGUCAGACAAGUGUGGUUUCUGACGUGGGAGUGUGCAUUCACGACUUUGCCUUGAUUGCACACCUGGCUCGAACCCACUGUGUGAAGAGCGAAGGACUCGCUUGCUCCGUGCCCCACACACCUGGGUAGAUGGGUUUGCACUUGACGGGGUGUUGGAGGCCUCCUUGUGGGGACGCAUCAAUCACUGACUAGAGCCCUCGAUGGGUUUCUUGUCGCUUUCUCGACUGUCACAUGCCUGCAGCCAUCCAGGCAGCCAUGCAGUAGUGAUGUUGAAUGGGGCUGUCCACCUGUCGUUGUUUCUUGUGUUUUCCUCUGCAGAUGUGGGCAGGGAUGGUGUGGACCAUAAAACCAGGGAUKKUKUUGAACGUAAACCACGGAGGGUUGCAUGUUGGCAGGUGUGUGGAAAAGUCUUACCCGCUCCUCUGAUCGCCUUUGCGUAGUGUGGGCGCGGUUCUUUGCCCCCUGUUGGGCCAACUUUUUGUUUUCUCCCUGAAUUAUGGUCGCAGGCAUUUUCAUGAGCAAGGAGUUUGCAAAUGUCGGGAGAUUAUGGUCGAUUCGAAGGAUGAAUGCGUUGUAAUGAACCGCGGAAAGUGUU